GCGUCGAUAGACGCCAAGAGAGACAGUACGAUAACGUCGACGAGGAACAACCAUCACAUUUACGAGGAGUAUCAACUAGCACAUACCCUCGCUGAGAAGAACGAAUGGAAGAAAGAGUUUGAUUGAGUAUAACGAUAGUUCGAUGUGCUUGCUUUGAGGAGAUAAAGGAGAGGUGUAGAGGGAAAGAAAAAAAAGAAAGAAAGAAAAAAGAAAAGAAAGAAAGAAAGAAGAGAAAAAAAGAAAACAAGGGUAACGACGGGAGUUAACAGAAAAAUAGAUCAACUUAUUAUUUCGAAGCACGUGUUAAUCGAGGAUCUUAGAGAGAUUGUUAUAUGGUCGAUUAAAUUGAAAAAGAAAAAAGAACGUAUAUGUACACGUACACGUAUACACAUUCUUUCUGUCUGUCUCUCUCUCUUUCUCUCUCUCUCUCUCUCUCUCUCUCUGUCUCUUUGCUAAAAAUCGAGGACAACGCGUAUACUCCGAGUUUCUUUUCUUUCUCUCCUUUUCUUCGCCUUGUAAAUUUUUUUCCAUUCCCAUUUCUUUUUUUCACCCCUUCCUUUUUUUCUUUUUCUUUUUUCCCCGUUCUUUCUCUCUCUUUUUUUUUUCUUUCUUUCUUUCUUUCUUUUUUUCGAGAUUCUCACGUUCACAGAGAAAGCUUCGGCAGGCUCUUUCGACCGGACGGACACGAUUCGACGCCCGCCGAGAGUGAAAUGGAUGGGAAAAGUACGCUCGAAUCUUAAGCCCUCUCGUACUUGCUCAUGGUGCACAGUUCAAGAGGGAAUGGCAGAGAGAGAGGGAAAGAUUUAGAGAAAGAUAGAGAUAGAUAGAGAAAGAGAAAGGAAGAGAGAGAGAGAGAGAGAGAGAGAGAGAGAGAGAGAGAGAAAGAAGUUGUAAACAGCGUUUUGUAACCCACGUCACGCGGAAUCGAUAUCCAGUAAGAGCCAGCCACCGCCUGGUAGCUAGCCACUGUUACUUGGACUACAUGAAGAAGAAGCAACGAAGGAGCCUAAUGUUUCUCAACGACAUGGGACUGCUAAUGUUCUUAGCCGUAACGGCCUCCAUCUUGGGUCACUGCCAAACUGAUGAAAAAGUAUCAUUUUACGGAGCAAGUUACAUCCAUCUUCCAGUUCAAGAGGCCAAGGGUGCAACUGACAUCAGUUUCCGCUUUCGAACUCAUCUUUCUGAUGCGAUGCUGCUAUUGGCUGCCGGCAAGACGGAUUACUGCUUGAUCAAACUGGAAGCAGGCAGAUUGAAGGUUCACAUAAAUCUCGGUGCCGGUGAGAGCGAGAUGGCCAGUGCUCGUGGAUUGACGCUGAACGACCUUAGUUGGCACGAGGUCAACCUUACCAGGCGCGAGGCUAACAUCACUCUGCAAAUCGACGUUAUACACACGACGAGAUCCCUUCUACCAGGACGUUUUUUCGAGCUGAAUAUACACUAUGGGGUCUUUAUCGGCGGACGGGGCGACUUUAACGAGCUAUUUCUAGGACACACCGAUUAUUUACGUGGAUGUAUGGCUGAUAUAAUCUACAAUGGUGCAAGAGUAAUAGAAUACGCUAGAUCUAGAAGAGGCCAAUCCGAUGCAACUGCAGUAACGUGGGGAUGUUCACCGGAAUUCGACGCCACAUGGAACACGGAAGUAAGCUUCGUCGAGGAUGGUGCCUUCACGGCGAUUCCACGAGCUAUACCACGUUCCGGAUCAAGAUGGGAAUUUGAUAUGAAGACCGGUACAGAAAGUGGUUUGCUUCUCUACAACACUGGCCAAUCUUCCUACGCUGAUUACUUAGGAAUCGAAUUGUUCGAAGGCAAGAUACGACUAUUAAUGAACAAAGGAAAUGGUCCAACGGAGUUAAUACAUGGUAACGUGGUGUCCGAUGGUAAAUGGCAUCAAAUUGUCGUCGACUUUAGCCCAAGUGGUAUCGGUAUAACCGUCGAUCGUCAAGAAAAGACGAUGGCUUUGCCCUCCGGUGGUAAUCGUUACCUGGACUUGGCCGACACGCUCUAUAUCGGUGGUACGGAACUCAAUAAACGUGCCAGAGCACUGGGUAAAGGGCUUAGGUCAGGUGACGUGAGUUAUAAGGGUUGUCUCCGUAACAUGAUGCUGGACAACAAGGAGCUUGGUUUACCCGAUGUCAAGGUCAGUCAAGGUAUAGUCGUAGGAUGCGUUUGGGGAUUUCCAUGCGUUGAAGCUGAUCCAUGCGUCAAUGAUGCUUUAUGCGAACAACUGGGCGUCGAUUCGUUCAAAUGUAUUUGCGAUCAGCCUCUCUGUAUCAAACCAAAUUUCGCCGAAGACUAUAAGGUUUACUCGAACGCUAAUCUUCCGGUAAAUUUGGAGAUUCUCUCUCUGUCACCACUUUCAGUAUCGGAAGGAGAACACGUACUCGUUACGAGCGACAACAUCGGUAUGGUUCUAGACAUUGCCAAAUAUGGCGUCGAAGAGGAUGGCGUUGUUUUCAGCUUGGUAACACCACCUACUUAUGGAACAUUGGCUUUGGAUCUCUUAACUUCGAGAACUGAUCGUUCCUUCACUUUGCAAGACAUCAAUCGCGAUAAGAUACAGUACAUGCACGAUGGAAGCGAAACCACAGAAGAUAGCAUGAUACUGGAACUGACGUUAGUGGCAGGAAGGGGAUACACGCUUCCAGGAUAUCUCCGAGGAAGACUUAGGUUUCCUCUUCAUGUCAACGUCACCCCUGUCAAUGACCCACCACUUUUGGAAAUACCAACGGCAAAAGUGCUACGAUUGGCUCAAGGCACCAGAAAAACUCUAACAAAAGAAUUAAUUUGGGCCAUUGACGCGGAUACUCCGUCGGAAACGCUGGUCUACACGGUCUUGCGCACUGACACUGAUGCUGGACAUAUCGAAAGAGUUACUUAUCCCUCUAAGCCGAUCGACACCUUCACGCAAGCCGAACUGAUGCAAGGGCUGAUCGCUUAUGUACACCGUGGCAACGCGAAACCGAAUGCUAUGCUGGGUUUGCAAGUAAGCGAUGGAAUUGAAAGCAGUCAGCCAGCAUACCUACGAGUCUCGGCUUACCCGCUACAGAUUAAACUUCUGCAUAACACCGGAUUGGUCGUGGUGCAUCGAUCCUUCUCUUAUUUAACGCCAGCGAAUUUGUCAUUUAUAACGAAUUCCGACGACAGUACGAUCGACAUACGUUAUGAUAUCAGUACGUCACCUCAAUACGGUACGUUGCAAAAGCUGAAAGACGUUUCAAGCAGCUGGCAAAACGCUGAUCAUUUCACUAGUCGUGACGUGGAUCUACAUACGAUCCGUUACCUUCACAAUAUCGGUAGUCCAACGCAAGACGAAUUCAAAUUUCAAGCUAGCGUUCGCGAGGUUAAAACUCAACAGACCUUUGAUUUUCGUAUUACCUUCAUCGAUCUCGAAUUAAAAGAGAUCAAGAGAAUUCCCGUUAAUUUUACAAAUACAGCAGAGGCAAUCGUAACCGGGCAAAAUCUCAAGUACCAAACCAAUCCAUUGAUCACAUCACCGAACAAAAUAUUAUUUACAUUAAACGGUGGACCGAGAUAUGGCGAGCUCUUGGUAACGAGACGAAAGAUAAAUGCUGGCGAUAGUUUCACGCAAGAGGAUGUAGAUACGGGUAAAGUACGAUAUCGUUUGUACAGAAGAGCCUACUCGAUUAUUCACGACGAAUUAGCGUUUAGGGUAAGUGCACCACAAUGCAUCGAUAUACUAUCGACGUUAUCCCUGAAACAUCAUUUGGCGAAAAACAACAAGCCCGUUGAAGGAACGGAAACCUUGAAGAUCGAGGAAGGUUCGAAAGUAGCUUUAAAAAUGAUACGUACGAAUACCAUGGAUUAUGGUGUAUCCGCCUUGAUUUAUAAUCUCACGAUAAAUCCACGUCACGGUUGGCUGGUCGUAUUAAAUCGAACGAAGUCACAAAUUCGAAGCAACGCUACGUACUUCACUUCCGAGGAAUUGCUUUCUCAAACGGUUUAUUACAUCCACGAUGAUUCCGAGACAAAGGAAGACUCCUUCGAAUUCAUUGGCGUUGCCUUGGAUUCCAUAGAUUUUAUGUACGUUGGACGUUUUCGCAUCGAAGUUAUUAUGAAGAACGACAAUCCACCUGAACGAAUAGUCAACAAGAUCUUUCACGUGGUAUCCAAGGGAGAAAAAUUGAUAACUAAUAAAGAUCUUGCCUAUAUCGAUAAAGACAUUAAUACCAAACCUAGUGAUAUCAAGUACACGCGUAAAGAUAACGGGAAGAGUGGCAUUUAUAAAAUAACCGACCCUUCCGUACAAAUUCGUGAGUUUACACAAAAGAAUAUAGACGACGAAAGAAUACUCUUCAGACAUUAUGGCGAUGACUGUGAGAAACUCGAAUACACCGUCAGCGACGGCCACUUCCAUACUGAUGGUAUCCUCGAAAUCGAAGCAAGUCCACCUUAUAUCAGAUUGAAGGAAAGUAAUGGAUCCAUCGUUCAAUUUAACAGAAGCGUUGUAUUUCGGUCAAAGGAAUUAGAGAUCGAAACGAACGUUUACAUGCUCGAAAAAGAAGUUAAAUACACGAUCUUGGAGAAACCUAAAUACGGAAUACUUUUAAAACACACGAAAGAGACUACCACGUUUACCGGAGAGGAUCUGAUCCAUAGUUCAAUAUCCUAUCGACACAUGGGCUCGUCGUUGAAUAAGGACGACUUUAAGUUCAAAAUUUCAGCUAAGGGUGCAGAAACCGAAGGCAUCUUUACGAUUAAAGUUUAUCCAGCGAGUUAUUGGGAAGCCAUGACAGUUCUGAACAACAAAACGAUCUUUGUCGAGGAGUCGACGAGUCUCCUGAUAAAUAGAAAGAGCUUGGAGAUAAUGCACCCGAAAAUUUCGCCUUCCGAAAUAAUUUAUUUCCUACGGGAUUGGCCACAAAAUGGUUAUCUGGAAGUUCAGAGUCACGAUGAACAUGCCGAGGAAAGUAAGGAAGAGUAUGUUGGUAAUUGGGUCAAACAAUUCGAUCAAGCUCUCAUAAACGACGGUCGUCUAUUUUACGUUCAAUCUGUGACGAAUCAAACGAAUGAUAAGUUUGUGGUUGACGUUACGAAUGGUAUCAUGUGGAUGUAUGCUCUGAGCGUGAACAUUAUUAUAGUUCCUGACAAACUUUACGUCGAGGCUAAGAAUCUAAAUGUGGUUGAAGGUAAAAGCGUGAUUCUGGAUGAAACUGAUUUUAUCGUGAUAACUUCGUAUUACGCUGGUAAGGUCACAGAUUAUCGUAUAGUUGAGAAACCAAAGCACGGCGUUGUCAUCGAUUCUACGAAAAAUUCGCAAAUCAAAAAGUUUCCUCAAAAACAUUUGAAUUCUGGUGUCAUAUUGUACAAACACAACGGCGAUGAGUUUUCAAAAGAUUCGUUCAAAAUGGUCGUCAUCGCUGGGGAUAAGAUCAGUGAGCCCUUUGACGUUUGGAUCGUGGUCCAACCUAUCAACGACGAGGUGCCUGUCCUUGUGAAUAAAACUAAAUUGAACGUUUGGCAAGGUGGUUCGGUCAUCUUGAUGUCUUCUUACUUGGCUGCUACGGACAAUGAUACCGUUCCAAGCGAGAUAACGUUUAACGUAACCAGUAUGAAAAAUGGAUACAUUUCUAUGCUAGGAUCUGAUAUAGAGAUUUAUACUUUUACUCAACAACAAAUUGAUGAUUCCAAAAUCGUUUUUACGCAUACCAAUGGUUCUGAAGCGGAAUUUAGCUUCGUGUUAAACGACGGUGUGCAUACGACAGAGGCGUAUGGUAUAUCGAUUGUGGCAAAGCCCGUACGAUUAACCGUGGAACAAAAUGUCGCGUUAAAUGUCUUUCCCUUAACAAGAAAAGUUAUUUCGAACAAGCUUUUGUUAAUAAGGUGUUCAGACGAAGCCAGAGAAAUAAGGUACAAUGUACGAAACGGUCCACACUUGGGAAAAAUCAUUAUGGAGAGCGGUGAAGGUGUAUGGCUCGAGGUCGAUCGAUUUACUCAGAAAGACAUAAACGACAGCAAAGUUUUUUAUGAACAUAGAAUACGGUUCAUGGAUUUAGCAGCCAACGACUCGUUCACGUUCGAUGUCGAAGCCCAUUAUACUGGAUCUAUAACGAAUCAGGUUUUUCACAUAGACAUCUCUGUCUCGAGUGGUGGCUUGGAUAGAUACGUUUCAGCUAAAACUGUCAGAGUCGAGGAAGGUGGUUCCGCUCAAGUUAUUAUGAACAUCAGUGGAAUAAUAAGUUUCCUUCAAACGAACGCUGGCAUAAAUAAACCUGCUGUAUUAUCAAGACUGGUCAAUCAACCGAGUCAUGGUCAUGUGAUGUUGCUACCAGAUCUCAACGUGACUACCUUUACACAGCCUCAAAUCGAAGGUGGAAAAAUCGCGUAUUAUCACGAUCAUUCGGAUACAUUGGAAGAUCGGAUUUUCUUUUCGUUGUACUUAACACCUGGACAUGUUUUACUGUGUAACACAAGUAUACCGGUGAUAAUCGAGCCCAUCAACGAUGAACCCUUCAAACUUAUUACCAACGCACCGUACCUAACCGUUGUUCAAAAUCAAAAUCAAACUAUUACACGGGACAAUCUAUUAACGAUCGACCCUGAUACUCCAGCUGAAGAAAUCAUUUAUGACGUUAUAUCGGGACCUACUUUUGGCAGACUAUUGCUUUUACCUUUCGAUCAGAACAGUUCGGAAGUUCAGCAAGUGAAUAAAUUCUCACAACUCGACGUGGAUUCUAACAGGUUGGUUUACGAGCACAAUGGCCCCUUGCAAGCUGCCUCUUUCUAUUUUAGAGUCUGGGACGGUCGUUUCAAUCCAACUUAUACAGUUUUCAACGUCCACGUUCUGGCAAUCCGUUUGAAUGUGACGGUACCAAGUCCAGUGAAAUUACAACAAGGCUCGAACGUAGCGUCGAUAUCGGAAGACAACGUGAAACUCGACACAAAUGCAAGACAGGAUUUAGUGAUCUACGAAGUGACAACCAAUCCGAAGCACGGUGUGCUUUAUGUAAGGGAUGCCGCUGCAACGAACUUCAAACAGACGGAUUUAUUAUCCGAAAGUGUAAUGUUUUUACAGACGGACAUGACAGUUUCCAAUGAUAGUUUGGAAUUAUCAGCUCGUUUAAGCGGUUUUGAACAACAACAUAUUCGCGUUAAAAUCAGAGUGGUCCCGUUGAUGAUAAUUAAUCCAAUGAUAGCGUUGAUGGGAGAGAAAAAUCAGAUAACUCUGCAACACAUGGAUGCAACACCUUUGGCAAAACUCACCAGCAGCAAUCCGGUCUACACUAUCAUCAGAAAACCAAAGUAUGGAAAGAUCAAGAGAAUCAUAAGAAGUUCCUCGACUUCAGGAGAAAAAAGGGGAACGCGUGAGAGAGAGAUCGGAAGAUUCUCUCAUCAAGAGAUCGUCUCUGGUGUUAUAUAUCUAGUCUGUAAAAAAGUACCAAGUAUGGAAUACGAAGGAGUAAGUGACAGUUUCGCAUUUAUUCUAGCAGCCUCGAUAUUUCAACCAGCGGCUGGUGAAUUCGAGAUACGCGUUAAAUUCGACAUGGACGAUUACAACAGCACUUUGGCAGGUCCUAUGGAUCCCAUCGGUCACGAGGGUGAAAUGGCAAUCGCACCUAACAUGAGUAACGAUUAUUUGCUCAUUUUGGGCAUGUUGCUUGGUGCUUUUCUCUUAAGUAUCAUCGUUAUAAUCACGAUCAGGUGUAGACACAAUCGAUACAAACGUACCGAAGAAGACAAACCUGAGACAACGCCAUCGGUUGGUGUAAUGCCCUUACCAAGGCCACCUGAUCAUCUAAUGCCAACGACACCUCAUCUCAAACGUUUCGCAAAUGAACACGGCACGAUAACAUCCAGCACGCCAUUACCAGUUUUACCAAGUAUGACUUCGACCUUGCCGCAAUGCAAGGUAAUACCACUGAACCCUCUGGAAAGUAUAACAGGUUCAGAGGUUGACGUAUCUGCGAGGUAUCCUUACGGUGUUGCGGACGGUGACGAAUGGAGCAGCUUUGACACGUCAGAUUUACCUUGUCAAUCGGCCACUACACAAAGAACCAAUAAUCCUUUACUGAGGAGAAAUCAGUAUUGGGUCUAGCAGGAGGAGCAGCCUUCGGGCCGCAAACGAAACAAACUGUAGCGCUUCCAAAUACUCGCUUAGAAGACUGUCUUUGUUACGAAUAUCGGGACGAUUAUUCGAUAUUAUUGUCUCAGCGUGCCUAAAAGGGAAGUUAAUCGAUAAAAAUCGUGUACAUUGAUAAUAUACAAUGAUGAAUACGUCAUAAUAGAAAGAUAUUCUUUCUUCGAGGUCGACAAUUAAUACGAGACUUUCCUAUAAUGGCAAUACGAGUAUAUACAUAUGUAUGUAGGUUGCGUAUGUAAUCUCUAAUUGAGAGAUACGGACGAAACGGACGAUAUUUAUACCGUCUCUCUUUUUUCUUUGUCUAAGAGAAAAAAAAAAAAGAAAGAAAGAAAGAUAUAUCUACUAUUGUCCGUGAUUAUGAUAUUCGUCACUACGAAGGACUCGAUGUGCCUAAAUGAGAAAUCGACUUUUUACCGAAACCUGUUAACUUACAUUUUUGCUAAUAUAUGUAUGUAUGUAUAUGACUUCGGUCGAACGAAAAUAUUCAUGCGAAGUCUUCGGCCUUACUUAUCGUCGCUACAUCGGAAUCAUCCCCGUCUACCUCGGCCAUUAUCGAUUUCAAAACGAAUAACUCACUGUAAUCCUUUUUUUUUACACGAUCAUAUUCAAUCGAUACAUUUUAAAUGUAAUAUAAAAACCGACCGUGAGAAAAAAUUUUAUUCAUCGCAGAAAAGAAAUUACGUAUGUAUGUACUUAAAAGAACUCCUCUGUGUAUCAGUUUGGCGAACUGUUGGGAUACGAGGGCCAAAUUAUAUUAUCGAAGACUGACAAGCCACACCGAGAUUUAUUAGGAUGUUAUUGUUCGCAAAUAUGUGUAAAUAAUUAAGUAUAAUCUGUGAGAAAGAGAGAGAGAGAAAGAGAGAGAGAGAGAGCGAGAGCGAGAGCGAGAGAGAGAGAGAAGAGAACAGAACAACGUAUGUAUGUAUUUAUCCAUAUAUUUAUCCCAUUUUUAAAAAUGGACGAACUAUCUGCAGGUUACAUUGAAAGAAUUUUGUGAACCCAUAAAGUUACAUACCUUGGGACAUACGAGGGAGAAUCAUCUUCGAAAGCUCGCGUUAUGCACAUAUCUUUUACACUGCACUAUUUUGUAAUUCGAAUUUUUACUUGCAUUUCAUUCGGAAAAUAGAACAGUGUGUAUUUAUAAUCUUGAAAGAAAAAAAUUAAGAAAAAAGAAAAAAGAGGAAAAAGCAAAAACAAAAAAAAAGGAUAGAAAGCAAAAGAAUGAAGAGAAAUUAAUGAAAAUUUUGAUUAGAAAAGAUUAUCGGUUCUACGAAGAAAUAUUAACACUGGGAAUUUCACGUUCGACAGAAUAUUAUGUAAAAUUUAAGAAACCUUAAGCUACAUUGAAAAAUAUCUUAAUUGCUUUGUUAAUAUCACGAUGAUCUUUGAUAGAAAUUCGAUAGGUUAGAUAUCUUAACGAUUAGAUGUAACACGACGAAUUAUUAUUUAUCGUACUACGAAAAUCAAUGUUUCAAAUCUUUUAUUUGAAUGAUUUUCAAAAACUGAAAAAAUGGAGGAAUUUUAAUCUCGUCGUUUUACAUACCACGCAUAACAAUCUUGCCCGUCGGGAUAAAGAAAAAAAAUAAAUGGUAUAAAGUUAAAAUUAAAUCGUACGCGUAUUUCAGUAUUAUAUUAGUAUCGUAAAUUUAUCAAUGUUAAUCGGAAAUUAAGAAGCUAAUAUAUCGUAUACAUACGUGUUGAUUCGAAGAAUUUUAACGAUUACGUUUUAAAGCCUUCACACGAAUUUACGGUGACCUUAAUUAACGACGACUUUGAUAAUGGACCCUUGUAGGGAUUGUACGAUUCGUAAAAACGCUCUUAUGUGAAUGUUAAUAAUAGAAAUUUAAUGAUUAUACGUAAAUCAUAAUCGUAUGUACGUAGCGAAUACUGUUUUCACAAAUUCAUAGCAUAUACAAUAAAAUAAUAUUUCUAUCGAGAAUUAUCCGAUAAUAUUAUCCGAUAACACAAUAAUAUUAUCUAAUAAUCCGAUAAGAAUAAAAAUUAAUGAAUAUGCUAGAAAGAAAAACAGUUAGGCUUUUUUACAUCCACCAAAUGAACCGAUCCGAGUGCCAAAACUUCUAUAUUAAUCUUGUAAUAUAUAGUUAUUCAUAGGAAUGUAUUUUCCCUGCUGACUGAAUGCAUAACUCUUGUAAUUCUAAUAAAAUGAAUGUGCGAUGUUAAUUAAUAUGAUAGUAAAUACGUAGUUACGGUCA